GAAAAAUCAAUACAGUGUCUCAGCUGUGGCGCUAAAAGGAAAAUUCAAAUUUUCCACAUAGUGGUCGUUUCUCUCUCUCUCUCUCUCUCUCUCUGUGGAAAUAUCAGAAGAAAUGGAAACCCAGAAAGGGCAAGAAAGCCCAAAGAGAGAAUGGUCCUUGCGAGACUUCGAGAUCGGAAAACCCCUGGGCAAAGGGAAAUUCGGGCGAGUCUACGUUGCCCGAGAAGCCAAGAGCAAGUAUAUAGUGGCAUUGAAGGUGAUAUUCAAGGAGCAAAUCGAGAAGUACAAGAUUCAACAUCAGCUGAGGAGAGAGAUGGAGAUUCAGACCAGUCUCAGGCACCCCAACAUUCUUCGCCUCUACGGUUGGUUCCACGACGACGAACGCAUCUUCUUGAUCCUCGAGUAUGCCCAUGGCGGUGAGCUUUAUGGGCUUCUCAGGAAAACUAAUUACCUCUCUGAGAAACAAGCCGCCACUUACAUUCUGAGCUUGACGCAAGCUUUGGCGUAUUGUCACGAGAAGAAUGUCAUUCAUAGGGAUAUAAAGCCUGAAAAUUUGCUUCUGGAUCAUGAGGGUCGACUGAAAAUUGCAGACUUUGGAUGGUCGGUACAGUCCAGAAGCAAGAGACAGACCAUGUGUGGAACUUUAGAUUAUUUAGCACCAGAAAUGGUGGAGAACAGACCUCAUGAUUAUGCAGUUGACAACUGGACUUUGGGCAUUCUUUGCUACGAGUUCCUCUAUGGUGUUCCUCCCUUUGAGGCAGAAAGUCAAACGGAUACAUUCAGAAGGAUAAUAAAGGUUGACCUAAGCUUCCCUUCUGAACCUCAAGCUUCUGCAGAAGCUAAACAUCUCAUUACCCGGCUUCUUGUCAAAGACUCCUCAAAGAGGCUCUCUCUUCAGAGGAUCAUGGAACACCCUUGGAUAGUCAAGAACGCCGAUCCAACGGGUAUCUGCAAAUAGCUAGCUUUUCUAACUGUCAUCAUGCUCUAACCAUGGCUGUGGGGAGCUGGCAUAGCUGAGUUUGGUAUAUUUAGAGGGAAUGUUUUGGUCAAAAUCUCAUCAGCACCAAGAGACAAUUAACUUAUCUACUAUGUUCAGCAGCCUUGAGUUUCAUGUACCAUGUUGUGUUAAGGAAAUCCUGUAGC